AUAUCUUUUUCCAUAGAAAUGACCAUUGAGUUAGUAUCAUUGAGCUCAAAGUCAAGGAUUUGAUACUCAGUUGGGCUUCAAAAACUCCUAGCAGUCAUUGACUAACGAUGUGAUGUCAAGUUGAUGCGGUUUUUCCGGAUCAUUGAUUGGUUGGCAAUUUGCAUAUAAGUGUGUCAUUUGAUCCAAAUUUGUCAUCAGUUUCUUUCAAAACAGCUUUUCAGUAAUAUUUCUCUAGCCAGCAAUGGUGUCGAAAUGUGUCAGUUUAAUCGUAGUCGUACUUUGUUCUGUUUUAGUUAAUGUACUAAGUGCAGAACCAAGCUUGGAAGUUGAAGUUGAGGCCCUGCAGGCGUUCAAAAGUUCUAUCACUCAUGAACCAUUAGGACAACUUGCAGAUUGGACAGAGGCAAAUCAUCACUGCAACUGGUCUGGUAUUGCCUGUGACCCUUCCUCGAGUCGAGUCAUUUCAAUCUCCCUGGUUGAUAAGCAGCUCAAAGGGGAGAUAUCUCCAUUCCUCGGAAAUCUUUCAAGCCUCCAGGUUCUUGAUUUAAGUUCAAAUUCAUUCUCAGGUCAUAUUCCACCUCAACUAGGACUGUGCUCCCAGCUUUCUGAACUAACUCUUUACGAUAACUCUCCGUCGGGUCCAAUUCCACCAGAAAUAGGAAAUCUUAGAAAUCUGCAGUCAAUAGACUUAGGUGAUAACUCCUUGAAUGGAAGCAUCCCUGAUAGCAUUUGCAACUGCACUUCCUUGUUAGCUCUUGGUAUUAUUUUUAACAAUCUCACAGGCACAAUUCCAAAAGACAUAGGAAACUUGGUUAAUCUUCAAAUAUUGGUAGCGUAUGGCAACAAUUUGCAAGGUUCAAUACCUGUUUCCAUUGGCAUGUUGGGAGAUUUGCAAUCUUUAGACCUAAGUGAAAACCAACUGUCUGGAGUAAUACCUUCACAGAUAGGGAAUUUGUCAAGUUUAGAAUAUCUUCUGCUUUUUAAGAACUCAUUCGUGGGAGAAAUUCCAUCUGAACUAGGUCAUUGUAGGAUGCUUAUGGCCCUUGAACUCUACACCAACAAGUUCACGGGAGCCAUUCCUUCUGAGCUUGGAAAUUUGAUUCACUUACAAACUUUAAGAUUAUAUGAGAAUAGGUUGAAUUCCACAAUUCCUCUCUCCUUAUUCCAAUUGAAAUCAUUAACCCAUUUAGGACUCUCGGUGAAUGAGUUGACUGGGACAGUACCGAAUGAGCUUGGAUCUCUGAGCUCAUUAGAGGUACUGACCCUGCAUUCCAAUAAGCUCAGGGGGGAGAUUCCUUCAUCAAUAACCAACUUGACAAAUUUGACGUAUCUGUCUAUGAGCUACAAUUUUCUCACAGGAGAACUUCCACCAAAGAUCGGGUUGCUUUAUAAUCUAAAGAACUUGAGUUUGGAAGUCAAUCUUCUCGAGGGAUCCAUUCCUCCAAGUAUUAUCAAUUGUACCCGUCUUCUGUUCAUUUCUUUGGGUUUUAAUAGGAUGACUGGGAAAAUUCCAUCAGGUUUAGGGCAGUUGCCAAAUUUAACAAUUUUAUCUAUUGGGCCAAAUAGGAUGUCAGGUGAAAUCCCUGACGACCUCUUCAACUGCUUAAAUCUUCGUAUUCUAAGUAUAGCAGAAAACAAUUUCAGUGGAUCGCUAAAGCCAGAUAUUGGCAAACUCUAUAAUGUCCAGGUUCUGAAAGCUUCCUUCAAUUCAUUUGUAGGGGCAAUUCCACCAGAGAUUGGCAAUUUAAGCCAACUCGUGACCUUAACCCUUGCUGGAAAUGGUUUCACAGGCAAAAUCCCACCAGAAUUAUCAAAACUCCAUCUCCUCCAAGGGCUCUCCUUGCAUGACAAUGCUCUGGAAGGUUCACUACCUGAGAAAAUAUUUGAAUUGAAGCAGCUAACUUAUCUUGACUUGCAGCACAACAAGAUAACAGGUUCCAUUCCGGAUGCUGUCUCGAAGGUUGACUUUCUUACAUAUCUCAACCUCAAUGGCAACAUGCUCAAUGGGUCCAUUCCAAAUAGCAUGGAACGUUUAUUUCGACUUUCAACAUUGGAUCUCUCUCAUAACCAUCUCACAGGAUCAAUUCCCAAGUCUGUGCUUGCAGGGAUAAAAGGGGGGAUGCAGCUGUAUCUUAAUCUCUCUUACAAUUUCUUAGAAGGAAGUAUUCCAGAUGAGCUGGGUAUGCUGGAAAUGGUGCAAGCCAUUGACAUCUCAAACAAUAAUCUUUCAGGAGUCAUUCCUAUGACACUUGGGGGCUGCAGAAACUUGUUUUCUCUUGAUCUUUCAGGAAAUAAACUUUCUGGUCCUAUCUUAGCUGAGGUUUUUACUCAAAUGGAUAUGCUUAGAAGCUUGAACCUUUCAAAAAAUAAAUUAGAUGGUGAAAUCCCGCAAAAUUUGGCAAAAUUGAAGCAUCUAAGCUCCUUGGACCUUUCUCAGAAUCAACUGAAGGGUAAUAUUCCUGAGAGCUUUACCAAUAGUUCCAGCUUGAAACAUCUCAAUCUUUCAUUCAAUCAACUUGGAGGCCAUGUUCCUGAGAAUGGCAUAUUCAAAACUAUCAAUUCAUCAAGUUUGGUAGGAAAUACAGCUCUCUGUGGAAACAAAUUUCUCAGGUCAUGCAGCAAGAGAAGUUCACACCGAUUUUCCAGAAAGGCGGUAAUAAUUCUCACCAUCCUAGGAUCAGUUUCUGUACUACUAAUCCUAUUGGUAGCAGUCUCAAUCCUCAUCCAGCGUGCCAAAAAGAGAAAACCAGUGAAGUUGGAAAAUCCAGAACCAGAUUUUACACCAGCUCUAAAAAGGUUUGAUAAAAUGGAAUUACAAAAUGCUACAAAUUCCUUCAGCAAAGACAACAUUAUUGGAGCAAGCAGUUUGAGCACUGUGUACAGGGGUGUGCUGGAAGAUGGGCAGCUUAUAGCUGUAAAGAAAUUAAAUCUGCAUCAGUUCUCCAAAGAAUCUGACAAGAGCUUCCACAGAGAAGUCAAAAACUUGAGCCAUUUAAGGCACAGGAAUCUGGUCAAGGUACUCGGGUAUGCAUGGGAGAGUGAGAACCUGAAGGCUGUAAUUCUUCAAUACAUGGAGAAUGGAAGUUUAGACAGUGUCAUACAUGAUUCAGUGAUGGAACGAAUCUGGACAUUAUCUGAGAGAAUUGAUCUUUGGAUAUCAGUUGCUAGUGCGUUGGAUUACUUGCACUCCGGUUAUGAUUUCCCCAUUGUGCAUUGUGAUUUGAAGCCUUCAAAUAUACUUCUGGAUGGAGAUUGGGUCGCACGUGUUAGUGACUUUGGAACAGCUCGCAUGCUGGAUGUCCAUCUCCAGGAUGGAAGCAGCCUUUCCUCGUCAUCUGCAUUUGAAGGCACCAUUGGCUACAUGGCACCUGAAUUCGCAUACAUGAGGAACGUCACAACUAAAGUGGACGUGUUCAGCUUUGGCAUAGUAGUCAUGGAGUUCCUAACAAAACGAAGACCAACUGGACUCAUGGAAGAAGAGGGACUACCAGCCAGUCUGCGUCAACUAGUUGAGAAAGCCCUUGCUAGUGGAACCAAAGGGAUCCUUCAAGUUUUGGACCCUGUGCUAGCUUCGAAUGUUUCCAAGGAACAAACGGAAGCAUUGGAAGAUCUCUUUAAACUAGCUUUGUCUUGUACCUUCCCUAAUCCUGAGGAGAGACCCAACAUGAACGAGGUUUUGUCUUUCCUUUUGAAGUUAAAAGCAAAACACCACGACACUGAUACGCAAUAUCCUCGUGACGAAUAGAGCACUCUGCUGUCUUGGAGAAGAAUUACUGCAGACUCCACUGCACUAUAAUGUCAGCAAUGUAUUAGUAGGAAUCAAUUACGUUUAUGUUUUUAGUAUGUAAUAUCUUCUCAUAAUGAAUAAUUUCAGUUACCUCGUGAUCAAACUGACCUUUCAGUUCUUUGUUUUGUAAUCUUAUCCUUCUGUAUAAGUCAGUUACUCUCAACAAGUGAGAAAUGAAAAGGAUUGAAUCUC